GGCGGGGAGGGAAGGGAAAUCCUUUUCCAACAUGGCCGCUACCCGCUGUCUCCUAAGGAGCCUGAGCCGGGGGCCGAGGUUGCGGCUGCCGCCGCCGCUGGGUUGGGGUCCCCGCGGCCGCCUGCACCAGGACGUCCCGGGCUCCGAGUACCGGAGCGCCUACAGUUUGGACAAGCUCUACCCGCAGUCCGGCGGGAGCGACGCGGCCUGGAAAGUGCCGGAUAGCGCAGUACAAGCCAGCACAGACAUUCCCUUGGACCGCCUGACCAUAACCUAUUCCCGGAGCAGCGGGCCCGGAGGGCAGAAUGUGAAUAAAGUGAACUCCAAGGCCGAAGUCCGGUUUCAUCUGGCUUCGGCAGACUGGAUCGCCGAGCCGCUCCGACAGAAGAUUGCCAUUGAACAGAGGAAUCGGAUCAACAAGUUGGGGGAGCUGAUCGUGAACUCGGAAUCGAGCCGGUACCAGCUCCGAAACCUGGCCGAGUGCCUGCAAAAGAUCCGGGAUAUCAUCAGCCAGGCCAGCCAGGAGCCCAGAGCCCCAUCCAAGGAGACCAAGGAGCAGCACAGGCUCCGGGUUGAGAAGGCGAACCGUGAGAGGCUACGGCAGAAGAAGAUCACUGCGACCAUCAAGGCCAGCCGCAGGGCGGACGUAGACUGAGGGUCGGGGCUUGGGCCGCAGCUAUGCCAGGGAGCGCCGCCGGAGCCGUCAUGGGAUGAGACUGGUUCGGGUUGAGGAAAAUGAGGGGAAGACUCGUCUGCUGUCUAGAAACCUGCACCGUCUGGGUAUGCAGUGGAGCAGAAUUGCGUGCCGGAUGUGGGCGAGGCAAUUGUUGGAGAGUGGGGAGGGUGCCUCUUCACUGCUCUUGUUGGUGGUUUUGAGCAACUAGAAUAUGAAAAUAUUAAAUUCUUCCCAGAAAACCA